UGUUUCUUGAGCGUUUACUUGAUAAAGAUUUGCUCUUCUAAAAGGAGAAUUUUGACAGCUGAAAAAAUAAACAAGUUUGACUUGUAUAGAUCUUUAAACUAAAGAUGACAGACAAAAUAUCAGUUGCCCUCACAUGGUUUGCAAAUUACACCAACUUCUAUUCGGUCGUGAGCGUCCUAUUAUGCUUUUUUGUUAUGGUUAUUUUCAUUUUGAGAUUAAACAGUGAACAUUUUAUGUCAACUUCUGCAACUCACUAUCCAAUUGUAAAAGAACAGUCUAUGGUCAGUCUACUCAAUCCUUUUUGUAUUCAGCUGGAUAGCACAAAAUCUAGCUCUUUAAAAGGUGGGUUAUUUCUAUGUUUGUCAAUGAAGAAAUCAUCUACAAUAAAAGUGUUAUGGGGAGUUGACAUUCAGACAUUUCAGAAAGAAUUACAGUUAGCUUCAACAGAAAUAGCUGAGAGAUUUGUCAACAACCAGAUGUUUGAAGGCAGCUUUAAACAUGCAGUAGACUGUGGAAUACUCAAUGAAGAUGAUGGUACUAGAGAAAUAUGUUUCAAGUGUCCAUGUGAACUGAGUGAAGAGGUGUUAGGGGAGCCCCCUAGAACAUUGUAUCCUGUUGUUGUUGUUUCUAAGCUGGUAGAUUGUGACACUUUGCCAGAUUCUACAGUUAUAGUAGUACAGUUUACAGUGAUACAUUUAAAGGAUUCUAUAUGCAGUCUUGACUCACACAUUGUUUAUCAAUUUGUGAAGACAAAUAGAAACAAACUUCUAGGAUUACAGCCAAUAUUUGUUUCAACAUCAGAACCAGUGACAUCAACUAGUGGGCAAAGUAGGUCAAAUAAUACCAACAAUUCUUCUGAUGUCAAUUUAUCUAGUCAAAAUAAUGAAAGGUCAAAGGUUACUGCUGACAGUGAAGUUCACAAAAGGUCAGAGACAUCGAGAGAAGUACAGCAUUGUUCCAGUUGUGGGAAAAUUAGAAAAACUGUUGAAAAUAUUCCAUCGACAAGAGUACAUGAGGUAUGUGACUGUACAGAGGAUGACCUUGAUUAUUGUGAAGGUGAAAGGUCAGAUGUCAAGGUCACUGGACAAGAAGAUGUCUUGGAUGAUAAGAAUAUUGAGGAAAAUGAGAAAAUAAAUGAAGAUACAAAUGAUAAUACAGCAUCUUCUGAAAGAAAUUCUAAUCAUGUACAGGAUACAGCACCAGUUGCCGAAGAGUUGGAGUCAUGCUGUGUAUGCCAAAGUUCGGAAAUAUUUUACACCUUGUUGCCAUGCCGACAUGCCUGUGUGUGUAGUAAUUGCAUAAGACUGUUAGAUAAGUGUCCAAUAUGCCGGAGCUUUAUUGAGGCAUACUUUAGGCUACAUAACAGGCUUGUUGAGCAAGAGUUGAGGGAAAGUAUGGAGAACAAUGCUGGACCGAGGUUAAAUAGAUGGCAAGCUUUUAACCAGAGAUUGAAUGAAAUGUUAGGAUUUGUUUAAUUUAUUGUUUUUAUUUUUUUUCAUACCUUUUGUUGUUGUUUCUUGUUUUAAAUAGUUUUAGUAGAUUAUUGUCUGUUAUUUUUAACAUUAUGGGUAAAAGUAAGAUAACUUACUAAAUGUAUACAAUGUUUUAAUAAUGUCUUAUAAUUUUGCCUCAAGUCUCUAGCAGUUUUAUGUAACUCUGUAUAAGCUUAAUAGUUGCUCAAAUUAAUGUAUGCUUACAGAAAAAAGCUAAUUCAUAUACAUGGUAGCUAAUUACAUAACAAAGGAAUUAUGGGAUUCUGUUUGUCUUUUUGUACCUGACAUGUUUUUUGGAUAAAGUUCAUGACUGUGUAACCCAAACAUUGGGUGAUAUCUUACUGUAUAUAACUGUAAUAAUGCCAGCUGCCAUGAUAACUUGCAUAUAUAUCUCUUUGCCAUAAGAUACGUUGGAUUGAUUUUAUUUUUACUUUGAUUAAUUUUUGAAUUGUACAUUUCAUGGAAAAAUUACUUGCUUAUUAUAACAACUUGAAAGGGAUUAUGUUAAAUACUUUGUGUAGAAUACAAUAUUAAAAUUUGUGACAUCAAUGUAAAAUUAAAUAUCAACUUUGUGUUACAUUGGGAUUAAUUUUUGCUGAGUGUUAAAAGAUUUUAACUUUAACCAGAACUAUUGAUAAGUGUUAUAAUAUUUAUCCUUUCAUUUAUUUAUGUUUAUCCUGAAUUUAUCAUUGAUAUAUGCCACUUAUAGAAUGUUAUUUAUUAUUUUAUUAGAAUUUUAUUUGUUGUUAUGUUUAGCUGUUGUUUUAUUAAUCAAGGACACCAUGUUUAUGUAGAACAAUGCUCAAGUUUUGUUUUUAGUUUGAUUAUUCAAAAGGGAUGGCUAUUCGCCCCUGCGUUGGCAUCACACUUUGGUUAAUUUGCAUGCAAAAUUGUAUCUCCAAAACUCAUGAAGGGAAUAAAUUAAACUUCAUGCACUUAUUUGAGAGCAUAAUAGGAGGUCACUAAGACCCAUGAGUUAACUCUUACAUGGAUUUUGAUAGAAUUAUGACCCUUUUUGAACUGAGAAAAGUUCUGUGUUAUCCAUACUCUUAUUUUACUAUCAAGCAAUGAGAAAAGUUGAGUGCACUGUACUACUGACAGCUCUUGUUUCUUAAACAAUUUUUAUGAUUUGUAGCAAGGCAAAUGUGUCAGCUUGUAAACAUAUUUUUAGCAAUAUUAGAUAAAGGAAUUGUUUUAUUACAUUACAUGGAGAAAUAUAAUGUAUUGCUUGAAGUAUUUGUUAUUUGCAGUCAUGAUCCUUCUGUAUAGAUUUUAAAAAGAUUUUAUAUUAUAUAUUUAAAGCACAAAUUAAGAAAAGAUUUUCAUGCCAACUUGACAAAAUAAAAGGCAGUAUGAUGAAAAAUACCAAUAGAUGUUAUCUGGAGAUUGGAAAGUGAGGCUUUUUCUAAACUUAUCCCCUAGUAAAAACAAAAGUUUUUGGCUUCACAGUGCAGUGUGCACAGAUAAGUCAACAUGUUGCGCCAAAUUUCGAAGUUGUAACUAUACCUGUUUGUACCACAGGACUUACUUGGAAAACCCAAAAUAUUCUUAAUUCUAGAGUAAAUCUAUUGACUUUUUUAUGUACUUAUUAACAAAAUAUUGAGAAA